UUUCCGCGAUGCAGUUGGUAUUUUGUCAGCAGUCCAGCAGCGGUCAUACCCUCCAAAUACGAAACGAAAUAAGUUGAAGUUACAUAAAUAGCAGGACCAAAAUGCUGCGUUCGGCGAUGAUGUCAUCGACCCUGUCCCGGGCUCUCCAAAGGGUAACAACACAGUCAUCAGGAUCCCCAUCCGCAUCCGCCGUGUUGCCCGCACUGAAUUUGGUUCUAGCUCGCCAACAACAAACCCUUCCGGUCGCCGAAGUGGCCCAAACGUUGCCCAAGAAGGGCUACUCGCCGUUCGGAACGAAGCAAUCCUCGGUGGCGGAAUGGUCGCUGGCCCGCCUGGAUGAUCUGCUCAACUGGGGACGCAAGGGUUCCAUUUGGCCACUGACUUUCGGACUCGCCUGCUGUGCCGUCGAAAUGAUGCACAUUGCUGCUCCACGCUACGACAUGGAUCGCUACGGAGUCGUCUUUCGUGCCUCGCCUCGCCAGGCGGACGUGAUCAUUGUGGCCGGUACGCUGACCAAUAAAAUGGCACCUGCUCUGCGAAAGGUCUACGAUCAGAUGCCCGAACCCCGAUGGGUCAUCUCGAUGGGCAGCUGCGCCAAUGGCGGUGGCUACUAUCACUACUCGUACUCGGUGGUUCGCGGCUGCGAUCGCAUCAUACCCGUCGACAUCUACGUCCCCGGCUGCCCGCCCACCGCCGAGGCGCUCAUGUACGGCGUCCUGCAGCUCCAGAAGAAGGUCAAGCGGAUGAAGACGCUCCAGAUGUGGUAUAGAAAGUAAGGAAGGUAGCAGCGAACGAUAUCGAUGGGAACUGAAAAUUUCAAAUAUGUAAAAACAUCAAGCGACAUAACAUAUUAAAUAUUGUUCUGUUAACGUUCAGUUGUUGUAUGUACACCAUA